AUUCAAGUCAAAUGAUUCAAGUCAAGAUCAUCCGGAUUAUUCGUUGUCGCUAGAUUCGCCUCUGCAUCAAACUUGUAACUUACUAACCCUUUUCACGGUAAUUUCUUCAGUUGGCCUAUGGUCCUGGACAGCGCCAGAUGUUUUCCGCAAAUUCAAGAGCAAGAGAGGCAGCAGACGGAGAGGCUAGGCAGCCUCUGCUGAAUGCUUCACACGAGGAUGUUUCAGCGGAUACAAACCAACUUGUCUUUUCAGUGGACGACGAAGACUCAGAAAGCGGUGGUGCAGAGCCCUGGUCAACAGUGCGGAGGACAGAACCGGGUGUCAGAUUUCAGGAAGAAGUACAGGUCAUUGGUCCACCUUUGCGGUCCACAAUACAGAGUCGGGAGGCGGAAUAUGAAUUGGACUCGGACGACUUUGAUGAUGCUUCACUAGCUGAUAUCCAACGCGAACAAAGGCACUCUCGUGGGGCUCCACGACGAGAACGAACCAUGCCUUUGCUGGUUGGCCUCAUGGAUGCUUCGGCUGCAAGGAGAACGCCAGACACAGUUAUUCCUAUGUAUGAAACAGAUAGUAUGGAUAAUGGAGCACUUAGGAAUGUAGACCUCGAUGACCUUGCUGAAAAACAGUGGUCGGGUGGAGGUCUACUGAACUCGGUUGCCAAUAUGGCAAAUUCAAUCCUCGGAGCUGGAAUUAUUGGUUUGCCGUACGCAGUCAAUCAAGCAGGCUUCUUUCUUGGCAUCGUUCUCCUGGUUGGCAUUUGCGCUGUCACCGAUUGGACUAUCCGAUUGGUUGUCAUCAACGCUAAACUCAGUGGCAGAACCUCUUACAUCGAGGUCAUGAACAGUUGUUUUGGCCCCAGUGGUCGUGCAGCCGUUUCAUUCUUUCAGUUCUCAUUUGCUUUUGGUGGCAUGUGUGCAUUUGGUAUUAUUAUCGGAGAUACGAUACCCCAUGUCAUUCGUUCAAUAUUCCCUACUUUGCACACGAUACCUGUUCUCUCGCUCCUCACCAACCGCCAAUUUAUCAUCACCCUGUGCACAACCUGUGUUUCUUAUCCAUUGUCGCUCUACCGCGACAUCCACAAGCUUUCACGUGCAUCCGGGCUCGCAUUAAUCAGCAUGCUCGUCAUCGUUUCAGCGGUCCUGAUUGAAGGAUCGCACGUGUCUCCCAAUCUCAAGGGCGAUCCAUCGAAACGCCUCACUGUGGUAGGCUCGGGGGUCUUUCAGGCAAUCGGCGUUAUGAGCUUUGCCUUUGUGUGCCAUCACAAUAGUUUACUCAUCUACGGGAGCUUGAAGACCCCCACCCUAGAUCGGUUCGCUCAAGUGACUCAUAUAUCGACGAUCAUUUCACUCGUGGCGUGCUGUACUUUGGCUAUAUCAGGCUUCUGGGUUUUUACAGAUAGAACUCAGGGAAAUAUAUUGAAUAACUUCUCCGGGAACGAUGCGCUGAUCAAUGUCGCCCGUUUCUGUUUUGGGCUGAACAUGUUUACGACGUUACCCUUGGAGCUGUUUGUCUGCAGAGAAGUAAUCGAACAAUACUUCUUCUCGCACGAAAGCUAUAAUAUUCAGCGACACGUCUUCUUCACCUCCACCAUUCUCUUUUCAUCGAUGCUUCUCUCAUUGAUCACCUGCGAUCUGGGCGUCACGCUGGAGAUUACGGGCGGUGUCUCAGCCACAGCGCUUGCGUACAUAUUUCCUGCUGCAUGCUACCUAAAACUGACCGACCCACAUGUCCCGUGGUACUCCCGUGCGAAACUUCCAGCCGCAGCCUGCCUUGCAUUUGGGGUGGCUGUGAUGACCGUAUCCCUCCUUCAAGUGAUCCAAAGAGCAUACAUGCCUCUGGGCGAGCCAAAGAUGUGUAUGGCGUGACCUUCGUUUUUAAUACAGCCACGGGCUUGCACAUUUAUACAUCUAGAGUAGUGAAUAAUGCACAGAUUGGACAUUGGAUCGAGAACAUCUAUUUAAAAUUGAUCAUUGCCGUUGAAUCGCUUCCCUAAGCCCUGGUAUUUCAUCGAGUUGCACAACACGAGCACCCUUGGCGACGCUUUCUUGAGCAAGAAGAGGAGUCACGUUGGAUUCAUUGAAGGUGCUCCAUACGGAUUCAACUUGGCGCAAGGGUUGUUGCUCGUCCGGAAGACUUGGCGGGCUGCAGAUUAGCAGCCAUAUGGCAUCAUAUCCGCCGG